AUGGCGUCCUUAGGCAAUGCCCUUCUCAGUGUUUGCCUAAUUGGAUCGCUCAUCUCGCAGGCCCAAUCCCUCACUUGUUCUUCCCAAACCUUCCCAAAGAGAUCCUUCGCCCACUGCGAGGAUCUCCCCGAGCUCGGCGCCUUUCUCCACUGGACCCACGACCCCAAAAAUUCAUCUCUUUCCAUCGCCUUCAUUGCCACGCCGCCGCACGAGGAGGGAUGGGUUGCCUGGGCUGUUAACCCCACCCACACCGGCAUGAUCGGAGCCCAAGCCCUGAUUGCCUCCCAAUCUGGAGGCACCCCUUCUGUCCGUACCUUCAACAUCUCCUCCUACUCUGUUGUCCUCCCUUCCCACUCCCUAUCUUUCCCUGUUUGGGACGUCGCCGCCGAAUGCUCCCAGGAGCAGUUCACCAUCUUUGCUACUGUAAAGGUUCCAGAGAAGACUAAGUCGUUGAACCAAGUCUGGCAAGUUGGGCCUGGGGUGAAUCCCCAUUCUGGGAUUCCAAAGGUUCAUGCCUUUGAUUCCUCUAAUUUCAAUGCCGAAAACGAGUUGGUGUUUGACAAGGAGGGUGGUGCUGAUCUUGCCCCACACGCCCACCACGACGCCUCCCCUGCGCCCGAGGCUAGCACCACUGCCGCCUCCGCUUCGAGUGGGGUUGCCCAAAUUACAACCAAAAUUUUAAUGGCCAUCUCCAUACGAAACAUGCUCGUUCUUUUCGGUGCUCUUUUCAUUUGUAUUGAUAUGGUUGGGAUUACCAAUGCAAAUGCAAAUCUCAUCGACUAUGAAGCUAUAAGAGCUGAUGUCAGUCCUGGAUGUAAUCAUAAACAUCCCCAUCUUUGUGAGACGCAUCAAGCCAACCCAUAUGAAAGAGGGUGUAAUGCAAUUAAUCAAUGUAGAGGAAGCAAAUCUGUUGUCGUAAAUGCUGUUGAAAAAAUUGAUAUGAAACACAACGAUAUCAUAGAAAGUGAAGGCAAGGCAGGAACCGAUGAGAUUGUUGGUAAACUUAGUACAGUUAAGGAUAAUACUCGCAAAAUUAACCCUGGUGCUUUAGAAAAUAUUUCGGAUGGAAUUGUUGGAUGA